AUGUCUCUCAUCGGAUUUGAUGACCAUAUGGAAAACCAAGUCAACCGUCUUUUCGACGACUUCGUCAGAGAUCUGGGAGCAACGAGACGCGGGGAAUCAACCAGACGAACUAAUGAUCGACAAAGAUGGACUCCACUCAUCGAUGUUCAUGAAAGAGAAAAGGAUUAUCUUGUGAGCGCCGAGCUACCGGGUGCUAAAAAGGAUCAGAUAAGCUUGGACGUUCGUGAUAAUACUCUCGUGAUUUCUGGCGAGACCAAAAAGGAUCAGCAGUACCAUGAAGGCAAUACUCAUGUUAGAGAACGUCGCUGGGGCCAAUUCACCCGCUCUAUCAGCCUGCCGAAUAAUAUAAAUUCUGGAGAGAUUAGCGCGAAAUUUACUGAUGGUGUGUUGGAAGUAACAAUCCCGAAGGCUGAAGACGCACAACCAAAGAAGAUUACAAUCAACUAA